AAAAAUCCUGAUGCAGAAGGCAAUGGGAAACCACUGGGCUGAUUUCCCACGAGAUUCAUGAGCAGGUCGUCGCAGGAUCCAACUGAUGACCACGACCACUCUGUCAAGAGUGUACGAAUAGGCAGAUAUAUAAGUUUAUCUACUUGAUCGAAAACCAUAUUACCUACCUACUAAAUUUGUCUUAUCGGAUUCUGAUAUUUUGUUACAUCAUCGAGUAAGCGCUUCAUAGCUCGACUAUAAUUUCAACAUUUUGUGAUUGGCAGUUGUCCAGUGCAGUCAUGUCAACAGUCGGUAAAGUGAUUAAGUGCUUGGCCGCAGUCGCGUGGGAAGCAGGCAAGCCGCUGUCCAUCGAGGAGAUUGAAGUGGACCCGCCAAAAGCCGGUGAAGUGCGCGUUAAGAUCACGGCCACCGGAGUCUGCCAUACUGACGCGUAUACACUCUCCGGAAAAGAUCCUGAGGGAGUGUUUCCUGUAGUACUGGGACAUGAAGGCGGCGGAAUCGUGGAGAGUGUCGGUGAGGGAGUCACUUCAGUCAAGCCCGGGGACCACGUAGUACCUCUGUACGUCCCACAGUGCAACACAUGUAAAUUCUGCUUGAAUCCGAAAACUAAUUUGUGCCAGAAGGUUCGUUCUACUCAAGGUCAAGGUGUGAUGCCAGAUGGCACUAGGCGAUUCCGCUGUAAAGGACAGGAACUCUACCAUUUCAUGGGUUGUUCAACAUUCAGUCAGUACACAGUUGUUCUAGAAAUUUCUCUCUGUAAAGUUGCAGAGGCUGCUCCAUUAGAUAAAGUUUGUUUGCUGGGAUGCGGUGUACCUACAGGUUAUGGAGCCGCCUUGAAUACUGCCAAAGUUGAACCAGGAUCAAAUUGCGCUAUUUUUGGUCUUGGUGCUGUUGGUUUAGCUGUUGCUCUUGGAUGCAAAGCGGCAGGUGCCAAUCGCAUUAUUGGUGUUGACAUCAACCCUGACAAGUUUGAGGUAGCUAAGAAAUUUGGAGUCAAUGAAUUUGUCAACCCUAAGGAUUAUGAUAAACCAAUUCAACAAGUACUGGUGGAUUUGACUGAUGGUGGUCUAGAAUACACUUUUGAAUGUAUUGGAAAUGUAGGCACCAUGAGAGCUGCACUAGAAGCUUGCCAUAAGGGAUGGGGUGUGUCAGUGAUCAUUGGUGUAGCUGCUGCUGGAGAAGAGAUCAGCACUCGUCCAUUCCAACUUGUUACAGGUCGCACCUGGAAGGGAACAGCUUUUGGAGGUUACAAAAGUAGAGAAAGUGUACCAAAGCUUGUAGAUGAGUACUUGGAGAAGAAGCUGCCUUUAGACGAAUUUGUCACUCACAAUGUGCCGCUGAAGGAGAUCAAUGAGGCAUUCCAUUUGAUGCAUGCUGGAAAAUCUAUCCGUGCAGUAGUUGACAUGUAAUUUCUAAGGAAAAAUAUUUAUACUAUUUUUGUACACUUGUUAAACCUUUUUUCUUCAGCAUUUACUACAAGUAUAAUUAAGAUACACAACAUGCAUUUUGUUUACACAAUAAAAAAAUAACAGAACUGAAA